AUGCUGCAAUGCUUACCGGUUUUGGAACUGUAUCAAGAUGUUCCAUCAACAAGCCAAGAAAAUGUCGAAUGUGAAAUCGAUAUUGAAAACGUAAGGAUAUCCUUUUUUCUUAUUUUUUCUUUAAAACUUGAUUUUCUCUAGAUCUAUGACGAUAUCGAUUAUAUCAUUUUCUUCAACAAGAUGUUUGAAUUGUUAGAUGAUAGAAAUAACACAGAUUGUCUACGAAAUGUUUUGAAACAUCUUGCCAAAUCGGAUUUAGUCAACAAUGAAGAAUUCCAAGUACAAUUUCAAAAAUUUGUUUUGAAAAUUCUCAGCAAGUUCAAAAAAGGACAUAUCGACUUUCAUUUAGUUCUCGAAACUCUUUCGAUUUAUGAAAACUUCUCGAUUGCCAAAAUUUUCUCGAAAAAUGAUACUGGAAUUAUUUCUAUGAUAUUGGUUUUGACGGUUUACAAGAGAAAAUUCGAAUUAUUUUCAUGUGGAUGCAUACAGAGAUUUCUUGUUCAGUUGUAUCAAUCUGAAAAUCGAACAAGAUUUUGUAAAUUGAUUGAUGAUUUGAUCAAAGGAAAAGGAAAGAUCUCAAAAUAUGCAUACCUUUUCGAUUUAGAACAAUUAAGUCCUUCAAAUUGUUUCGACUUAUGCACAGAGUUCUAUAGAGAAUUGAUUAAUUGUGGAGUAUUAGGUUGGUUUAUUUUUAAAUUGAAAAGAUAUAUCAAUUUGUUCGAGUUUUCAGAGAAAAAUGGAGAUGAGUUAUGGAAUCUUCGAAUAACACAUUUGAUAAUUCUUUUUGAUUCAAUUAAAGAAACAGAUUUCGAAGCAUCUUCCAAGUCAUUAUCGAAUUUCAUAAAUUCUUUGAAUCAACGUCAAAAAGUGCUACCCAAAAACAUGAAAAAACCCAUCAAACAACUUUUCAACAAAGUUUUCGAGUUUAUCGAGAAAAAUGAUUAUUAUGGAAAUUGUGUUGUGAAUGAAGAGAAUUUGGAGAAAAUUGGAAAUGAAAUAUUGAACAAUGAAAAAUAUUCGAUGAAAGCUAUGGGACCAUUAGAGCUUUUGAUGACAAUUCAGAAAAGUAAGUGAUUCAUUGAUUUAUUGACAUUUAUUUGUUUUCAUACAUAAAAUAGGCCCCCCGAGUCAGUUUUCAAAGUUAGGGUCCCUCCUUCAAAAUUUUCCAAAGUUAAACACCUUCCUCACAUUUUUGAGCGAAUUUUGGACAAAUCUGGGAAUUUCGGUAAAUUAUUAGCAGAAAAUUGGCCAAGUUAGGCACCCUUCCCUUCAAAUUUUUGGAAAAAGUUAAGCCCCUCACCCCGAUUCUGGGGACCCAUUUUAUGUAUGUUUGUUUUUUUCAGCAUUCGAAAUAGAUUCUUCCAUUCUCGAUGAUGUUGUCGCAAAACGUCUUAUUUUGUCAGCAGAAAAGUUUGGUAUACAGUUGCUUUAUUCAAUAAGUUUGGCUGUUCAUCAAGAAGGUUGGUUGAGAAAAAUGAUAUUUUUAGUGUGAAUUUUUUUUUAGAUUUAUCGUCGUUUUCCCUUAUUCUUAAUUUUAUUGAAGAAAACUUUGAAAAAGGAACUAAAAAUCAAAAAGAUAUCAUGUUGUUUGUCGUGGAUUUGAUAAUUAUUAUUGGAAAAAGCAAAGAAAAUGUUCAAGCUUUAUGCGAAAACAAAAGAUUCAAACAGAAAAGUAAGUUUGUAUUGAACGUUUCAAGUUUUCACGUCACGUUUAUUUUUUCAGUAUUGUUGGCAUCAUCACAAAGUUCUGAAUUCUAUAUUAUAAAAUACAUUGAUAUUUUUGACAGCAAAGAAUUUGAAGAUUUUUGUAAAAUUAGAAUAACAGAUCUGAACAGUAUUUCGGAACCGAAUUGGAACAUUUUGAUACGAAAGAUUGCAAAUUUCACAUUUUAUUGUAAAUCGGAUAAAAUAUGGGAAUAUGUUAUGAAAAAUGCAGAAAACAAAACCAAUUGUCAAUUUAUCAAAAAUCAAUUGAAUAUUAUCAGCGAAACACUAAAUAUCCGGAAAAGAUUCAAUGAAAUUGUAUCAGUUUUGAAAAAUGACUAUUCCGAUGAUUCGAAAAACUUGCCACCACCAAUAUUGCUUAUUAGUUUCAUUCAAACUAUUUUGGAAAUUGAGGACAAAAAGUAUUUGCCGAAAAAUUGGAUGGCUUCGCUUCUACCACUGGCUAUUCUUGCUUAUUGCAUUCAUUAUGACGAAUACGGUAAUUUUUUAAACUCAUAUAGAGGGAAACUCAAAAUGGGGUUUUCAGAAGAUAAAAUUCGAAGGAUAUUCAAAGCAAUUUAUGAGUUUCUAACUGAAAAAUCUGCUGAAAACGAUGAUCCUCUCAUUUUAUUUGCUGAAAUUAUAAUUCAAAAACAAUCAGAUAUUUUGAGUUGGAAGAGGUUUGAUGAGAAAUGGCCGAAAGGUGAAACAUUUGGAAAAGUUUUUGGAUUGUUGAUAGAUUCAAAUGAAGGCGAAAAAAGAAAGGUUUUUAAUUUUUGAAAAAAGUUUUGAAAGAAAAACGUAUCUUUUAGAAACGCGUUGCUCAUAUUAUAUCGAUUAUGUUCAAGAAUUCAUCAGUCGAAAUUCAAUCAAAUGGAGAUAAACAAGGAUCUAAUGCUUUUUGCAAAUUGGCAACUGUUUUCGAAAAAUCAUUGAAGACUGAAAAAGAUAAAAUUGAGAAUUCGAUUUUGAAAAAUAUGAUUAGUGGAUAUGCAAAAUGUAGUUGCAAUGGUAAUAUAAUAUUUCUUCGAUCGCGAAUUUUCAACAUUUUGAAGUUUGUGAAAAACACGAAUAUCGAAUUGUUGAAAGAAUUUGGAGAGAUUUUAAGCGAAAAUCAGGAAUUGUGCAAAAAAAUGAAAUCAAGUGAAAAGGAUUAUAUGGAAUUGAGCGAGUUUUUAGGCUGGUAA